AUGGCCAGUUGGAGAGGACAUCUGGAUGUAGUGAAGUACAUUGUCUCACAGAACAAGGUGGACAUCAACAGUAGAGGAUCGAGGAAGAAGACACCAGUGAUGGUGGCAGCAGCAGAAGGACAUAAGGACGUGGUGGAGUUUCUGGUGAAUCAUGGAGCUGAUUUGUCACUCGUAUAUAGCAGUGGUAGCAGCACACUUCACAUAGCCAGUCUCGGAGGACAUCUGGAGGUAGUGAAGUAUAGUGUCUCAGAGAACAAGGUGGACAUCAACAGUAGAGGAUGGAGGAUGAAGACACCAGUGAUGGUGGCAGCAGAAAUGGGGAAAAAGGAUGUGGUGGAGUUUCUCGUGGAGCACGGAGCUGAUUUGUCACUCGUAUAUGACGGUGGUAGCAGCACACUUCACCUGGCCAGUGCUGAAGGACAUCUGGAGGUGGUCAAAUACGUUGUAUCAAAGUACAAGUUGAACAUCAACAGUAGAGGAUGGAAGAAGAAGACACCAGUGAUGGUGGCAGCAGAAAUGGGGGAAAAGGACGUGGUGGAGUUUCUGGUGGAGCACGGAGCUGAUUUGUCACUCGUAUAUGACGGUGGUAGCAACAUCCUUUACUUGGCAUGCAAUGGAGGGCAUCUGGAGGUGGUGAAGUAUAUUGUCUCACAGAACAAGGUGGACAUCAACAGUAGAGGAUCGAAAAGAAGACACCAGUGA